ACCCUUUGUGUUUCUUGUGAAUUGAGUUACCAAACCGCAUAGGAGAAUCUUGAAGAACCGAUGACUUCACGCGACAAGAAGCCGGUGAAACCCUCAACCAGUCGACCCGGUGGUAUCCGGACCCUUUCGGAUCUGAAUCGCCCCUCUGCAAAUGAUUCUGACAGCGACUCCGAUGGCCCUCAGGAGUACUAUACCGGUGGCGAAAAGAGUGGUAUGCUUGUCCAAGAUCCUAACAAGCGUAACGACGUGGAUGAAAUAUUCAAUCAAGCGAGGCAAUUAGGCGGUGUGGAGGGGCCCAUGGAAAACGCCCGUCCUUCUUCAAGUUUUACCGGCACCGGAAGAUCACUAAGCGGUGAGGCAGCGCCUGCACGAACAACUGCUCCUGAGCAACCCCAGAAUGUGGUCCACAACAUAGUUUUCUGGAGAAAUGGUUUCACUGUUAACGAUGGACCCUUGAGGAGGCUUGAUGACCCUGAAAAUGCGUCUUUUCUUGAGAGCAUCAAGAAAUCCGAGUGUCCAAGAGAGCUUGAGCCUGCAGAUAGAAGAUCUUCAGUUCACGUCAAUCUGAUUAGGAGGGAUGAAAACCGUACCGAACCCGUGGUGGCAACCCAAGUUGCAUUUCAAGGCGUAGGAAGAACAUUAGGCCGAAACGCAGAUGAAGGAGCAUCGGAUGCUAAUACUUCAAAUGCUGCCGCUGACACAACCGCCUCUUCUGGCGGUCUUGUUCUGGACCCCGCUUUACCAUCAACCUCUAUUCAGCUACGGCUGGCUGAUGGCACUCGGAUGAUUGCCCACUUCAACCACCACCACACCGUUGCAGAUGUUCGAGCCUUUAUCAAUGCAUCUAGACCAGAUGGUUCACGGGUUUAUCAGCUGCAGACGGUUGGCUUCCCGCCCAAGCUUCUCACUGAUCCAAACCAGACCAUUGAGCAGGCUGGUCUUGCCAACUCGGUUGUCAUUCAGAAAUCCUAAAUAACGGUUCCUAAAAGUUCGGUAAUGUGGUCCUUUUGAAUUGCGAACGAGAAAUUUGUGUUAUUAUUAAUACUCCUGCACAAGAGAAGCAUAAUGCUUGUAUAAAUUUCAGAUUUUAAUUAUGAAUAUUGUGGGUUAUAUUUCUCCGUAAAACUUAUAUCGAAAAAGACCAAGGUUUCUUU